UUGUGGGAGGGGAGGAGGAAGAGGUGGAGCACGGGGGGCAAGGGGGCAGGUCCCAGAAGAUGGCGGAGGCGGGGGAUUUCUGGUAGGUCCUACUUCAGGACAAGAUGUACCAUUGAAAUAUCAGUCCACUUUGAUUAACAGACAACUGGACUUGUCAGCUGGCAAGCUUCUUUUUAACUUAAUUUUGUUUUCUUUCUACGGCUUGGACUUAUGAAACUAUGGCAGAAGGAGAGACGGAGUCACCUGGACCCAAAAAAUGUGGGCCAUAUAUCUCAUCUGUCACUAGCCAGAGUGUGAACUUGAUGAUUAGAGGAGUAGUUUUGUUUUUUAUUGGAGUAUUUCUCGCAUUAGUGUUAAAUUUGCUUCAGAUUCAAAGAAAUGUGACACUUUUUCCACCCGAUGUGAUUGCAAGCAUCUUUUCCUCUGCGUGGUGGGUACCCCCAUGCUGUGGCACAGCUUCAGCUGUGAUUGGGUUAUUAUACCCUUGCAUUGACAGGCAUCUAGGAGAACCACAUAAAUUUAAAAGAGAGUGGUCCAGUGUUAUGCGGUGUGUAGCUGUCUUUGUUGGUAUAAAUCAUGCCAGUGCUAAGGUGGAUUUUGAUAACAACAUGCAGUUGUCUCUCACCCUGGCUGCUCUGUCCAUUGGACUGUGGUGGACUUUUGAUAGAUCUAGAAGUGGCUUUGGCCUUGGAGUAGGAAUUGCUUUCUUGGCAACUGUGGUUACACAACUGCUAGUCUAUAACGGUGUUUAUCAAUACACAUCUCCAGAUUUUCUGUAUGUUCGUUCUUGGUUACCAUGUAUAUUUUUUGCUGGAAGCAUUACAAUGGGAAACAUCGGUCGACAACUGGCAACGUAUGAAUGUAAAGUUAUUGCAGAAAAAUCUCAUCAAGAAUGAAGAAGGCAAAAGCAUAUCUUUUAUAUACAAAGAAGAAAAUGACAUGUAAAUGAUACAUACACCAACAAAACUUGGAACUGUAAAAUUGCCAAUAUGCAGUUUUUCCUUGAUUGGUGUGUAUGUACACACACACACACACACACACACACACACACACACACACACACAUACACAUUGUUACUGCAAUCUGUGAUUGCUUCAUCUGUAAAUCAGUUAAAAACCUUUAUGCAUUUGACCUCAAUAACUGUAAGGUAUAUGUGCACUACAUUAAAAUAUGUUGAUUACUAGAUGAAAAUUUAAAAUUAAUUUUUAAAACAUACCAUACCAUUGUAUGACAAUGUUAAUGUGCCAAAAUAUUCUAUUAUGGUCAUGAGUAUGAGAAUGCUUUGAAAAAUUCAUGAAUUUAGGGAAAUAAGAAGAAAGACACAGUUCAAACAAAAAGCAAAUGGGUAGCUGGUAUUUUGUCUUGUGGUUGCUGUUGUGCCUUUUUAUUUUUGUAAUCACAGCAGUAUGAGUCAGGACUGCCCUAAUGUUUGGUUAGUUACUAUUUUGGUGUUGUUUCAAAGAGUGUUUUAAUAUAUUCUCUUCCAUACAAUAGGUUUAAACCUGUUACUGGAGAGAUCCCAAAGAAUAAUUUUCUGUCUUUACAGAUUUUACUGGAGCUAUAUGUAGUUUGCAGGUGAGGCUAUCAACAUUAAAUUGUCUUGAAACUAAAUUUGGAAAUGUACACACAAUUUAAAGUUAAGGAAUUUAAUGAGAAUAAAUAUGGUUUGGGAAUACAAAGUGACCUUCUCCUGUGCCACAGAGUGUAAAGUGAUCAGAGCUGUCGUUUACAAUGCAGAAUCUUAUUGCUUAUGCACAAGGGACACAGUAAAUAACCAACAAAUCAAAAUGAAGUUUCUAAUUCUAUUGGGCUCUGCAAUCUAUCAGAUUCUAUAAAGCAAAACACUCUGUAAAGCAGUUCCACUCGUUGUCAGUGGAAUGCCUGGAUUUGCAACCUUACCAUAUGCCGUGUGGGGGAUGGAUGAAUACAUGAUUCCCUGUGUGUUCAUGUCCACCAGGGAACAGUUCAGGUCUGUUGAAGAAUGUAUUGUGGUAACAUUCUGUGCAUGUUGAAGAUUUGAUAACAAUUCUAGGCAUAUCUUGCUAAUUACAGCUGUUUAAAUAUGCUUUAAACAUAUUCUUAGCUGCUCCCCUCCUCCCCCCAGCCCCGGACAAUUUUCCUUUUUGAAACGGUUGACAAUUAUCUGAUGCAUGAGGGCAGUCUUCUGAGUACUUUCCCGAGUGUGUGUCCAUGUGCAUAAGUGAGAGAGUGUGUAUGUGUGUGUAUGUGCAUGGGUUCCUGUUUUCCUCAAAUGUCCAGUAGAUACUUUAAAUAUUUUGAUUUUAAAACAGUUGCUCUCAAACAGAGAUCUUCUAUGCCAAACCUUGAUCUGCUUCUGUUUUCAGCACAAAUACGAAGAUCCUAAGAAGAUUUCAUUUUGAGUGUAUAUACAAGCUUAUCUAUAGUGAUGAUAAACAUAUUACUAUAAUUUAUUAUUCUAUCUUCCAGAUAAUGUUAUUCAUUUAGAAAAAUACAGUAUAUUUUUAGAAUCAACUUUGUAAGCAUUAUGAAAUCUUUAAUAAGUUAUAAGGUCUACAAUGCAUUUACUUUGAAAAUUGCUGUUAAAAGCAAAAUGUAUUAAAUAUGUAAUUAUCAACUUGA